AAUGCAGACAAGCAGAAGGAUUUCUCCAAUCUAUCCUGUGUUUGACCUCAACUGACCGGAGCCUGCAGGUGGAUAAAAUCUCACAAUGUCUUCUCCUGCGAUCGCUUUGCCGGGGGCACUGCCGGCAAAAAAGAAAGCCAAAUCCAAGAAGAAGUCAGGUCCUUCAGUGUCUGACCUGAUCCUGAAGGCUGUGUCUGCCUCUGCACAGCGUGGUGGCGUGUCCCUGGCCGCCGUGAAGAAGGCUCUUAAAGCCGGAGGAUACGAUGUGGUGAAGAACAAGGCAAGGAUCUCUGUUGCCAUCAAGCGUCUGGUGAACAAGAAAGUCUUGAUCCGGACCAAGGGCUCCUUAAAGGUUAACAAAAAACCUCCUAAGCCCAGAAAGAGGAAGGUGGUGAAGAAGAAGAAGAAGCCAAAGACCAAGAAGAAGAAGGCAAAGAAGGCCACCAAAAAAGCAACCAAAAAGUCACCAAAGAAGAAGAGGAAGGCCAAGAGCCCAAAGAAAGCCAAAAAACCUGCUCCGGCCAAAAAGGCAAAGAAGCCAAAGAGCCCCAAGAAGGUGAAGAGGGCCAAAGCUAAAAGGACGAAGGUGGCAGCCAAGAAGUGAGGGCUCCCAUGGAACCAAAAGGCUCUUCUUCUGAACUUUCACUUGGUGUGGACUAAGAUGCAUUCAACAAAACUAAGUUUGCUUUACUGAACUUGCUAUUUUCCUACAUUCCUUCUUUUUUCUUUCUUUCUCAUCUGUCAUAGUCUGUUAUAGACUGAACUGCAUUGUUGGAAAUAAAAAUAUACAUAUUCUUAUUUAA